AUGAAAAAAUCAGCUGUUGGAAUUGUUUAUUAUGUUGAUUGUACAAUUAAAGAUGACCUUUUGCGUCGUAAAAAAGCUAAACAAUUAUUAUCAGACAAUAAAAUAUUACAACAAAAAACAAAAAAAUCAAAUGAAAAACGAACAAAACGUAAAACACCAGAUAAAGAUGAUGAAAAUCAAUCAACAUCAAUUACUAAUACAACUAAUAAUUCAUUAAAUCUUGUUUUAAAUUCAACAAAUAAUCAAACAAUUAAUGAUGAGCAAGAUGAUGAAAUGUGUCAAAUUCUUCUUCAUCCAAAUGAAUAUUGUAAAGAAGCAUUACAAUUAAAUGCAACAAUAUGUUUAUGUAAAUUUAUUUUACUAUUAUUUGAACUAUGUGAAACACAUGCAAAAAUGUUAUUUGAUUUAUUAAAAACUUCUACAUUUGAAAGUGUUAGAACAAAACAAAAUUUUCAAAAAUUAGCUGAUGCUGAAAAAGAUCAAUAUGAAGAAAAAUCCAAUGCUUUUAUCAAUAAAUUCAUUUUACAUUCGUUAUUUUCUGAUCUAAAAACAACAACAUAUCUUAUGAAAAUCGUACGAGAGGCAAUAUGUCAUUUAAAGAAUAUUUAUUAUCGUAAAAAAGCAUUAGAACAACAAAAACAAGCUGAAAUUAAACGAAGAGAACAGGAACGUAAACUAAAUGAAUUUAUAUUUGAACGAAAAGUAUUUCCAUCUAAAUCAAAAGAAACAUUUGAAUAUAAAUCAAGUGAAUUUGUUGUUGAAAAAGAAACGUUUCACGAUGAAUCAAAUACAUUUGCUGCUCAUGGAGAAACAUUUGAAUAUAAACCAAAUAAAUUUGCUGCUGAAGUAGAAACAUUUCAAGUUGAAUCAAAUAAAUCAAAACCUAAAAAUAUAAUUAUGGAAAUUGAAAACAAUAUUUUAGAAUUGGAAAAAGACAUUGAUUUAACUUUCAUAUUACUUGUUACUUUAAAUGAAAAAUGA